GGGAGUGUGAAGCAGGGGCUGGCUGCGGGGCUACUGUGACCGAGGUACGGUGACAGCCAGGAGGACUGUGACCCAGGGCUGGCUGCUGGCGAGGGGUCCGCGACCCCAGGGCAGUAAAUGCCAGGGACUCUGGCCUCGGAGAGCACGAGGCAGAGGCUGCGACGGGACCAUGACCGAUUAAAAGAAGAUGGAUGCACAGUGUUCAGCUAAAGUCAAUUCGAGGAAGAGGAGGAAAGACGCACCCGGCCCUAAUGGAGCAACAGAGGAGGAUGGCAUUCCUUCAAAAGUGCGGAACUGCUCAGUUGGCUUACGGCAGCCAGCUCCCUUUUCUGAUGAAAUUGAAGUUGACUUUAGUAAGCCCUACGUCAGGGUAACUAUGGAAGAAGCCUGCAGAGGAACUCCUUGUGAGCGGCCUGUGAGAGUUUAUGCGGAUGGAAUAUUUGACUUAUUUCACUCUGGUCACGCCCGGGCUCUGAUGCAAGCCAAGAACCUUUUCCCUAAUACAUAUCUCAUUGUGGGAGUCUGCAGCGAUGAGCUGACCCACAACUUCAAGGGCUUCACGGUGAUGAACGAGAACGAGCGCUAUGACGCGGUGCAGCACUGUCGCUACGUGGACGAGGUGGUGAGGAACGCCCCCUGGACGCUGACGCCCGAGUUCCUGGCGGAGCACCGGAUUGAUUUCGUAGCCCAUGACGAUAUCCCCUAUUCUUCUGCUGGGAGUGAUGACGUGUAUAAGCACAUUAAGGAAGCAGGCAUGUUUGCUCCGACACAGAGGACAGAAGGUAUCUCCACAUCAGAUAUCAUCACCCGCAUUGUCCGUGACUACGAUGUAUAUGCAAGAAGGAACCUCCAGAGGGGCUAUACCGCCAAGGAGCUCAAUGUCAGCUUCAUCAACGAGAAGAAAUACCACUUGCAAGAACGGGUUGAUAAAGUCAAGAAGAAAGUGAAAGAUGUGGAAGAAAAAUCCAAAGAAUUUGUGCAGAAGGUGGAAGAAAAGAGCAUUGACCUCAUCCAGAAGUGGGAGGAGAAAUCCCGGGAAUUCAUCGGCAGUUUCCUGGAGAUGUUUGGUCCAGAAGGGGCGCUGAAACACAUGCUGAAGGAGGGGAAAGGCCGGAUGCUGCAGGCCAUCAGUCCCAAGCAGAGUCCCAGCAGCAGCCCCACCCACGAACGCUCCCCAUCCCCCUCCUUCCGAUGGCCCUUCUCUGGCAAGACGUCCCCAUCUUCCUCCCCAGCAAGUCUCUCUAGGCGCAAGGCUGUGACCUGUGACAUCAGCGAGGAUGAAGAGGACUAACGUCCCAUCCCUGUCCCCUCUCCCUCCCCCUGCCUGUCACCUCCAGAAGCUCUCGGUGGAAUUCCAUUCUGUGAUCCCAACACUAAACCCAAGGACAUCUACAAAGGAAAGGCGAAGGGGCAGGAGGACCCGGGCAUGGGGAAGCAGACCGCCCGUGCCCCGCGACCUCCGCCAGCCACACCCAGGAGGCUGAGCACAUCUUAGAAACCUGCUCGCAUCCAUCCUCCCUCCCAGAGCUUUGCUUUACUGUUUAUGUCAUGUAAUCUUGACAGGGCAAUUGUCAUUUUUAUUAAUUUUUUAAAAAUUAGUCUUUCAAAUAUAGUAAGUAGAACUAAUUUUUUGCCCCUGAGGAGUGGGCAGAAGAAGGAGGCGUGUAAUGCCCAGAGGCCUUUCUUCCUGACACACUAGUGCUUGCCUUCUGUUCUGAAGAGAGCGGCUUACCAGGUCCUGCGAACAAAGAGCCAUGCUGAUGUGUGACGUGGCGAGAUGACUGCAACUCUGCCUUCCCUAAAACAUCUAGAGCCUGAAUCAGCUCCGGAGUCCCUGGGGUCCUGCCGGCCCGUGUGUCAGUCUGGCUGUGGAGGGGAGAGAUGGAGCCUCACUUUUCCUACUCCCUGAGGAGUUUCCUGUUGGACCCAAUGGGGUCCAUGCAGACGCUGAUGGGGACGGAACCGAACCGCAGAGCGUCCAUGUUCAUCUUCUCAGAAACUUCUGUUGCCCAACUCUUUGGGAGCUCUUGUCAAUCUCUUUCCUGCAACUACCUGUAAAGGAAGGAACACUGAGGGCUGCUGGGAUCGCAGAGGGCAGUGGGGUGGACUCAGUCCAGGGCAAGGGCGGUUGUGGUCGAGUUCCUGUUGGGAAUUCAUCCCUCACCCUGCAGCUCCCAUGUCAGCACCCUGCCUGGCUGGAUACAAAGGAUGCUUUGAGCGUCUCCAGUGUGAACUCGACCCGUUAACCCAUGUUGCUUAACCCAUGUAUUUAACACUUAGAUUUUCCACAGAGCACCCAGGCAAAAGCGUCAGAGAACACUCUGAUCUCGAAAACACUCUUACUGACCUCCGCCCCUCUUAAGAAUGCUCUUGGGUCAAAUCAGUGGCUCCUGGAGGCUCUUGAUCCUCAAAGAGCUGCACCUGGCAGGGACUCCCUCCUCUGCCCCUCCAGAAGCCCCAGGCAUGGGCUAAACUACUAACCCAGAGGUCGGUGCCCCCGCCCCACCUGUUUGAGAGGAAACAGAACUGGAAUUUCAAAUCAAAGGCUGCUGAUUCUCGACCCCUGCUGUCAUGGCUGAGCUGAUGUUUUCAGUCCCCUGGCCUCAUCUCAGCACAUGGCCCAGUUCCUCACUGUCAGCUAUCCUGCCAUGGUGGGAUUUAGGGCAAAGUUGUUUAUUCCAGGACCUACUUGUUGUCCCUCAUGAACACCCCUUGUGGGGGUGGAGCUUUAGGGUUUUCAGCAAAGAAAACCGCAUUUUCUUCCUCCUUGUACCCUGUUAGGACUGUGGGCAUGUCAUAGCCCUCCCCAGACACUUGCUGGGGGAGGCUGUGUUACUGCCCAACGGUCUGAGGCUCGCGGCACGAAAUGCCUGCAUGGCAGGCCUACCUAGCGCCUCAGCUAUCUCCCAGGCAGGCAGAGCAGAGGAGGGGUCAGAGAGGCACACCUCGGUGUCCUGAUGGCCCGUGGAAAUGCCAUUCCUAGCUCCUCACACAGGGCUGUUUUCACUGUCAGAUCUGAUCCACGUGGCCUUGGCCUGGACUCCUUUCUCAAACCCGCUGAAGUGAGGGUUUUCUCGUGUUAUGUCGCACUGCAUAGCUCAUUCUGACUCUUCUACUUUGCUCCUCUCUUUGGCGAUCCGUCUCUCUCUCUCCCUCUGCCUUAUUCUCCUGCGUAUACAAAAGUGAUCACUACUGACACUCACCUGCUUCGUCCCCACAGUGCAUGUCACCCGAGCCGGCACUGUGGGCAUGGAAAGGGUCUCAAACAUCAGAGCCUCUAGGCUGACAAGAGGUGUACCGUAGCCAGGGCUAGCCUACGCUCAUGUUUUCAGAAUGCCCCUCCCCCUUUCCUAUCUCCUAACACUCAUAGUCUCAGAUAACCCAGACGUGAGCCAAAACGUCUAGGGUGUGGCAGCAUGUUAGGUGCUUGAGGGUCAGUGUGCUCCUAGGUGCUAGAAAAAGGUGCUGUCGGGAUGCUGCACUGUCGGCCUAGUUAACUGUACCUAGUUAAGUGUGGUUAAGCGUUUGGAUGUUGUGUCUGACUAAUCCGCACCUCUCCCUGUGCCGCCUCAGCUGUGGGGCUCUUCCCCGAGGCCGGAUAAGAAAGCAAGCCGCAUGAAGGGUCAGAUGGCAAGUUGUUUGGCCUCGAAGCCUCUGUGCCAUAGGAAGUGGCUGCAGACAGGAGUCUUCUAGCUGGUGCGGAGGAGAGGCCGGGAUAGCAGCUAAUCUGGGCGUGGGCUGGACAGGAACAUUGCUCUUUUCAUAUACUAGGCUGGAGACUGGAGAAUAGAGGUUGCCACACAAAGUAGAAAUGGGUUGCUAGUGCCCGCAGCUCGGGAGAGCUGAGCCAAAACCCCUUUGCGGAGGAAGGGACUUGGAGUUGAGAAGGCUGAAGAUCCCGAGGAAGAGGAACGGAGAGACCUCUCUGGUCCCUUCUCUCCAGCACUGUAGCUCCUCUCACUGUGGCCGCACAUCUGGCCAGCCGUCUAGGAUCACCCUCCACGGUGGCUCUUCCCAAUGCUUUGUCACUGUCCCCAGCCCAUGUUCACUCACGUACUCCACGUUCUGGAGCCUGUCGUCUUUGAGAUCUGUUCUUUAUCAACUUUUCAAUCCUUUCUCAAAUCAGUUCUGUUUCCCUGCUUUGGUUUAACCCCCUAAAGCCAUAGCUUCUAGAUUUCUGUCAGCAUCCAUGUGCCGAAACUGAACCCACACAGGGUUCAAAGAAAGCUUCCUUAACGAUGUUUUUAAAACUAAUGGUAUUUUUUUUAAGCUUACCAAUAUAAGUAUUUUUAAAGGUUGUAUUUUUCAAAGUCAUAACAAUGAUUGUUUUCUCUCACAGAAUAGAUUAUCAUGGGAUAAAGAAUGGUCCCUAGCUUCUAUUUUUCAGAAUAAAUAAGUAUAACAUAUUCUUGGACUUUGAUACAUUAAAGGUUAAUUCUCCUAAAAGAAAAAAGAAAUGUAGUCUGUCUGCCAGAAUUUGUUGUCAGUCUGAGAUUGGGGUAGAGAACAGAAAUGGCAGUAUUAACGUUUGGGUGGCCCAGAUUGGGUUCUACCUGGUUUGAAGUGAGCGCCCUCCACCGCCUUGGAGGAACCAAGUGUUGUAAACAGAAUUGAUUGCACCUAGGCUGCUGAACAGCAGACACUUGGGGAAUCUCACCCAUGCCGUGAUCACCUGCCUAUCACCAGUGCGAGUCCGUGGGGGAAUUUGCUCAGAGUUCCGUGUGCCGCUUUCCUGUCUAAUAACGUGUCCAGUUAUUUUGGCUUUUGUCAUUUAGCCAAAUAAAGGUCAUGUGGUUUUGC